AUGCGCGGCUUGGCGCUACUGCUGCCGGCACUUUGCCUCGCCCAGUCGCCAAUCUACCAGCUGACGGCGCAGAACUUUGCCACCGCCGCCGCACAGCCCGUGACCUGGCUCCUCGCCAUUGAGCCCGGCCAGGGCGCCGGGCUGACAGCGCCGUCGCUGCUGCAGGCAGCGCGGUACUAUAACCAGGCACAGACGGGCAAGGGCGUGCGGGUGGGCAAGGUGGACCUGGUCCAGAGCCCCGAGCUCCGCCGCGUCCUUUGCGGUGGCGGCGCCUGCCCCGCCAUGCUCGCCCUCCGGCCUGGAGAGUUGCCCCGCCCGUACCGCGGCCGAUCGGCGCUGGGCGAGGUGCAGGCAUUCGUGGAGGCGGUGUAUGAGCUGUACCACGAGGACGAGGACGGCGACGGGGUGAUGGACUUGGUGCACGAGGACACGGACGGCGACGGCGUGUACGACACGGCGGACCUCAUCCACGAGGACCGCGACGGCGACGGCCGGACCGACUACGUGCACCAAGACGUGGACGGGGACGGCGUGCUCGACUUGGUGCACGAGGACGUCGACGGCGACGGCGUCAUGGACGUCAUCCACGAGGACACCGACGGCGACGGCGUCGCCGACCUG